AUGGCUCAUCUUCACCAUGCAUUCGUUCCAGGUGGCUAUCGUCAUGUCUGCAUGAUGGAGGGACCCGAUCCAGAGCUCAGAUUGUCCACUAUUCAGUACGAUGCUCUUCUGUCGGAAAGUGAACGCAAUGCCAAUGAGGUCAAAAGAUUGAAGGCUCUCCUUCGUCAACACAACAUCGAAUUCGAUACCUGCCUCCCCGUAUCCAUCAAAUAUGUGUCAAAGAAUGGCGCUCCUCAGGAACCAGACAAUGGCCGGAAACCUCGCCUACCGAUCGAGAUCCUCCUUCGUAUCCUUGGCUUCGCGUUGACCAGUCCUGUCCCGAUCAUUGAUCCCUUCUACAAGAUGCGAGUUCAGAAUGUCACCAAGGCUGAGCGCUUAUCCCGACAACACAUCAAUGUUCAGUGCCUGGGCGUGUCGCAAGUCUGUAAGACGGAAGGUAUGCGCAUCUUGUUGGAGCAGAAUGAUUUUGUCUUCACGCAAGCUGCUGCAGUGGAGAGCUUCGCAAAGAUAUCGCCGGAACUUCGAUCGACAAUCAAGCAUGUCACAUUUCGGGUCGUUGGCCGAUACUACAAUGACGAGGCUCGUAAGGCUGAUUUGUCUGGCGGUGGAGUCUAUCACGAUUCGAUCCCCAAAUUCCUCGUUCCUGUUCUGCCUCGCCCAAAAGGCAUGAUCAAUGACAAGGGUAUGCAAGCCUACUGUUGGUUUCAACUUGCAGACUUCCUCAGAGCUAUGCAGCUUCCUCGUGAACUGAUGUCAAGCAAUCGCCCAAAACUAUUCCCAGGCCUCUAA